UCAUCCUCAGUCACUGGAGAGCUUAGAGCCAGAUCGUUUUUCCUUCCUGUUACCCUGAGACAAUAAAUCCAUCCUAACAUUUUUUGUACAUGGGAAAUUCUAGCUCCGAGGUGCCCCCUGAGAAGGUGGCACAGCGAAUAAAACGCAAACUGCGCCUCGCACACCUCCCGUGAAAACAAAGGUGCCGAUUGAAUUCCUGUAGUGGCAUGCGGGGAUGUGAGCGGAAUACAAAUGCGGCUUUGUACUGCUGGCGCUGCUCCUUUGUAUUGCGGGGGCGAUGGAUGGGGCGUGCUCCGUUCGCUCCCAAGCGGGCUGGCACAGCCCGGCGAGGAGGUGCUGUGCCGAGGAGCGCCUGACUGCCGGCCCCGCAUCAGCAGCGUCCCGGCAGCAUCCUGGGAAUCCGCAGGCGAUCACAUGAGCCUGGAUUUCCAGCUCAGUUCAUUAGUCAGCCAUUUUGGUCGCCACCCUGCUCCCUGCGCACAGCCAAUCCCGGCGGCACUCGCUGCCCGGGCUGCGCCGGGAGAGGGGAGCAGCGCUCGGAUCUCGGCACACCGGGACACUGCCUCUCCGCUCGUCCUUUGUUUUUUGCUGGGGUCAUCACCAGAGGACGACACUAUUUUUUUUUUGCUUCUGCUGCCUCUUUUUGUUGUUGUUGGUUUUUUAUAUUUUUGUUUUUCCCUGCUGCCUCUGGUGGAGAAGCCAGGUUUUCUGUGGAUGCUGAGGAUCAAUAGCCUCUAGCAUAGCUGGAGACGACGGCAGUCGGUGGAAAGGAGGGAGGCAGAGCUAAGCGGGAAGGAGCAGCGUUUUUACCUUGCUUGAUCUAUGAAAAGGCCAGAGCAGCCUCUGUGAUCCUGAGCAAUCUGUCCUUUAAUCGCAAGGUAUUUCUGAUUUUCUUCUUCAGAAAGGUUUUGUUUUUAGUCCUUAUUUUGCCCCCGUUGUUGUUGUACCAGCUGAGUCAUCAUGUCUGCUCUGACGCCUCAAAGCGACAUGCCAACCCCCACCACAGACAAGAUCACUCAGGCUGCCAUGGAGACCAUCUAUCUUUGCAAAUUCCGCGUGUCGAUGGAUGGAGAGUGGCUGUGCUUGCGUGAGCUGGAUGACAUCUCGCUGACACCCGACCCCGAGCCUACCCACGAAGACUCUUGGGAGGAUUUGACAGAUGUGGUGGAGCAAUUGCGCGAUGAUUCCGAAGACCCGAAUUACCUCAUGGCUAACGAGCGCAUGAACCUGAUGAACAUGGCCAAGCUGAGCAUCAAGGGGCUGAUCGAGUCGGCGCUGAACCUGGGCCGCACGCUGGACUCGGACUACGCGCCCCUGCAGCAGUUCUUCGUGGUGAUGGAGCACUGCCUCAAGCAUGGCCUCAAAGCCAAAAAGACUUUUCUUGGGCAAAAUAAGUCAUUUUGGGGACCUCUAGAAUUAGUAGAAAAACUUGUUCCUGAGGCUGCAGAGAUUACAGCAAGUGUUAAGGAUCUCCCAGGGCUGAAGACGCCUGUGGGCAGAGGAAGAGCUUGGCUUCGCCUGGCUCUGAUGCAGAAGAAACUUUCCGAGUACAUGAAAGCCUUGAUUAACAGAAAGGAUCUUCUCAGUGAAUUUUACGAGCCCAAUGCACUGAUGAUGGAGGAGGAGGGUGCCAUCAUUGCUGGCCUCCUUGUAGGUCUGAAUGUCAUCGAUGCCAAUUUCUGCAUGAAGGGAGAGGACCUGGACUCCCAGGUCGGAGUUAUCGAUUUCUCCAUGUAUUUGAAAGAUGGGAACAGCACAAAAGGCAGCGAAGGAGAUGGUCAGAUAACUGCUAUUUUGGACCAGAAGAACUAUGUAGAAGAACUCAAUAGACAUCUAAGUGCUACAGUAAACAACCUGCAGGCCAAGGUGGAUGCUUUGGAGAAAUCCAACACCAAGCUGACCGAGGAGCUUGCAGUUGCCAACAACAGGAUCAUUACACUGCAGGAAGAGAUGGAGCGGGUUAAGGAAGAAAGCUCCUACAUCCUGGAGUCCAGCCGUAAGGCCACCAAGGACAGAAGUGCUGACGGGCAGGCACUGACUGAGGCACGGAAGCAGCUGAAGGAGGAGACUCAGCUGCGCCUGGAUGUGGAGAAGGAGCUGGAGGCGCAGAUUGGAAUGCGGCAGGAGAUGGAGCUGGCCAUGAAGAUGCUGGAGAAGGAUGUCUGUGAAAAGCAGGAUGCGCUGGUGGCACUCAGGCAGCAGCUGGAUGAUCUCAGGGCUCUAAAGCAUGAACUGUCAUUCAAGCUGCAGAGUUCAGACAUGGGAGUGAAACAGAAGAGCGAGUUAAACAGCCGCUUGGAAGAAAAAACAAAUCAGAUGGCUGCCACCAUCAAACAGCUGGAACAAAGAUUGCGACAGGCAGAGAAGGACCGGCAGCUGGCCCUGCAGGACAAUCGGCUCUUCAAGCAGGAGUUUGGGGACAAAAUCAACAGCCUCCAGCUGGAAGUGGAAGAGCUCACCAGGCAGCGGAGCCACCUAGAACUGGAGCUAAGGCGGGAAAGAGACAGAUGGUCUCACAGUCACCAGCGCAGCCAAGAAAGCAAAAAAGGCCCAAAGACUUGGCUCAGACAGGAUGGGAAGCUGAAAGUCCAGGAAGAAAAUGCUAAACUGAAGCAGCCACUGAGAGAGAACAGUGACCUGCCACACAGGUCCCCCAGCGGCCUGCAGGAAGAGCAGGAGCAGCUGUCGGGGCCUGGACACACCGAGAUCUGCCAGCUCUGCCAGGAGGAGGACAGCCGGAGCCAAAGAAAGAACAUCUGCAAGAACUGUGGGGGCACCUUCUGUGAAGCCUGCUCGGUGCACGAGCUGCCCCUUCCGUCCAGCAUCAACCCCGAGCGUGUCUGCAACCCCUGCCACCAGCGGCUCAUCCAGCAGUAUUCCAGCAGCCCCUUGUAGGGAACGGGUGGCACAGAGGUGACAAACAGCGGCUGUAGCUGACGGUGUUUCUGGAGUUGCUCAGGGGGAAUGUGAAGACGCUUGCCCAUGUGCUUUGGAGGUCGGAUGGGAAGCAGCUUCUUGGUGUUUAGAAUCUCCUGUUACUAAAACAGUCUGAGCCCUUAAAUCAGCCUGUGCUGAGGAGAAUUCCAUUGGGAAUGUCCCAUGGGGCAGCCCCAAGGUGUGCCUGAGCAGUCUCAGGACUCUGGGAGCCCCUGCCCAAACCAGAGCUGUUGUCCACAUGUGGAAGUCAGGAAUGUUCUCACCCUCACGUGUGUUGCGUGGGUGUGUGCUGCUGCUGCUGAGCAAAGGCUCCCUGAAACCCAACAGGAGUGUUGGUAUUCCUCACAUCUGGCUGCACUUGAAAUCCCAUUUCCCCUUUUCCGUUUGCCCUGGACAGGCUGGCUCAUCCUGGGAACCCUGGGCGAUGGUGCGAGCAGGACAGGUGGGCCACCAGCGAACACAUCCUCCCUACAUUUCCCUGGCUCAGGGCUCUGACCAGGGGCUUAGCCUGCACAGGGACACCCCAAACCAAGCUGUGAAUGUUCUGUUCCCCUCUGUGCUUUAGGGGCUGGGCCCGAUCCCCAUCAGGCAGAGGUUUAGGGCCACUUGGAUCCACCUCUCCACCUGCGCACAUGGAAAUGUUACAAUAAACCUGGCAUUUCACUUUUUGUUGGAUCAAAACUAAGUGGGAACGCUUCUCACCUGUUAGAAAUGUUAAUUGCACAUACAGUUCAGAGAGGUUUCAUCAUUCUUUGUUACUAUUCCCUCAAGGAAUUUUGCUAGGCCAAAAAGUGGUGGUGGCUUUCUCAUGUCACAGGAGUGUUUACUCCUUUUCCUGCUGGCACCUCCUGCAGUCUCUGAGACCACAGAUGUUCUGUAGUUCAUAGGAAAGGGAUGCACUGGUGUGACAAAUGCACUGGGGUUUGUACGGAUGUUGUUAGGGGAUAGUGGUUAAUUCCUUGGAGGGGAUUUUGUAGUCAUUAGAUUGUCUGGAACCACAUGAAAAAGCUUCUUGGAGCCGAGGUACUGACAUGGUUGGUACUGCUUUGUACCAUGAAUCAUCUCUCCUAGAUCCUUUCAGGACUUGGCAUGUUCAGCCACCCAAUUUCUACUCUUCUCUGCUCUUUUGCCCCCCAUGGCAGCUUCCUGACCCAUUUCCUUGCUUUUCCUUGCUGGUAUCCCACAAAGUAUGGCAGGAGUUGUAAAGAGUGUUGAAAUGCCAAAAGCCUGCAAUUCAGGUGAAUUCCUGAGUUCUCUGAAGGCGUGAGACCCAGGAGGUGGAUGGAGAAAACACUGAGUUUAGUGUCAAUAGUUUUGAGUACUUACUGUACACAUCCAACAGUGUGAAGUCCUGCACCCAACCCCAAUGUGACUCAUGCCCAGAGGAGAAAAUAAGACCCAGGCAAUGCAGAGGGAGCAUUAAACUGGAAAUGGAGGAUGAUUAAACUCCAUGGAGCAGGGAGGUAGCUGAGCUCCUCCAGAGCACAGCACUGGUGGCUGCCGUGGGCCUGGCCUUUGGGAAGGUGGGAGUGGGACCGUGCUGGCUGCAAGCUCCCUCUGUGCUCAGGUACUCUCUGUGAUGCCAGGGUGGGCUCACACCUGGACCUUGGGAAUGGGGGGACAAGUUUUCUGAUGUUAAUUUUGUUCCACACAAUAAAAAAAUCUUGAUCAUUCA